AUGCCCUCGUUGGUGACACAUUGUCCUGCAGAUGUGUCUGUAAAAGAGACUGUAGGCAUGUUGGAUGAAUUGACCGGGGGUCGUCCGGUGCCUCGGGGACCGAGCCCACUUGUUGGGGACAUCUGUGAGAUGUCGCGUGUUCAGAUUUAUUAUUUUGUCCUCCUUUUAUUUUCAUAUUUAUAUCAUUAUUAUUUGUCUUUUUUCUCAUCCUUUUUAAAUUUUAUAGUCAUAUCAUAUACUAAUUUGCUAUAUGUUAUACUGGUUCAUUUAAUGUUUGCCAACAUAUGCAUGAUUAUACUUUAUUUGCUUAGAAUACACCUUUUUAAGUCUAUUCUUCUGUCCAGUUUUGUAGCUGCUUGCUCGUUUCGCGAAAAUAUUUUGGAUAUUUAG